AUGAGGUUCGGACAACAGCUACGGAGCUCCCUGAUCAAGGACUGGUACUACUACUACAUUGCCUACGACGACCUCAAGAAGAGCCUGCGCACCGACUUCGAGCACACGCCGGCCAUCGCCCAGUCGCACAAGAAGAAGCAGCCAUGGAGCGAGGAGGACGAGCAGCGUUUCGUGAACAAGCUCGAGCAGGAGCUGGACAAGGUCUUUACCUUCCAGAAGGUCAAGAGCCAGGAGAUCAUCCGCCGCAUCAAGGCCAGCGAGAAGGAGGUCAAUGACGUCAUUGCACGAUCGGAAGCUGCCCAGGUCGGCGGCAACGACCAGGCCAAGGCAGAUGCGCCGACAGAGGAGGAGUUCUUGCUGCUAGAGGAAGACUUGAGCGAUAUCAUCGCCGACGUACACGACCUCGCCAAGUUCACCCAGCUGAACUACACUGGCUUCCAGAAGAUCAUCAAGAAACACGACAAGGCCACCAAGUGGCAUCUCAAGCCAGUCUUCGCCGCCAGACUCAACGCGCGACCCUUCUUCCGAGACGACUACGACGAGACAGUGGUGAACCUCUCGAAGCUCUACGACCAAGUCCGGACGAGAGGCAGCCCAGUCAAGGGAGACUCAGGCGCCGGUGGAAAGCAGCAGAACUUCGUGCGACAGACGACCAAGUACUGGGUGCAUCCGGACAACAUCACCGAGCUGAAGCUUAUCAUCCUUAAGCAUCUUCCCGUCCUGGUCUUCAACCCAAGCAAGGAAUUCGAGAAGAAGGACUCUGCCAUUUCAUCCAUCUACUACGACAACCCGGACACAUGGGAGCUGUACGAGGGUCGUCUGAAGAAGACGGAAGGAGCUGAGGCGAUCCGUAUGCGGUGGUAUGGUGGCAUGGACGUCGACACAAUCUUCGUCGAGCGCAAAACACACCGAGAGGACUGGACGGGCGAGAAGUCGGUCAAGGCACGAUUCUCCACAAAAGAGAAGAACGUGAAUGCAUACCUCAAGGGUGACAUGACAACCGAGCAAAUCUUCGAGAAGGCACGCAGAGAGGGCAAGAAGAGCGAGCAGGAGCUCAAUGACCUGGAGCAGCUGGCCAAGGAGAUCCAGUUCCGUGUCAUCGAUCGCAAGCUGGUGCCCGUAUGUCGUUCCUUCUACAACCGAACGGCCUUCCAGCUGCCGGGUGAUGCGCGUGUGCGUGUCUCACUUGAUACUGAGCUUUCCAUGGUGCGCGAGGACAAUCUGGAUGGCCGACAGAGAGCUGGUAAGAACUGGCGCCGUAUGGACACCGGCAUCGACUAUCCAUUUUCUCAGCUUCCGCCAGAGGACAUCGAACGCUUCCCAUAUGGUGUCCUAGAGGUGAAACUGCAGACUGCUGCUGGUCAGGAACCUCCCGAGUGGAUUCGUGAGCUUACCGCCUCGCAUCUCGUUGAGGCCAUACCCAAGUUCUCGAAGUUCAUCCACGGCUGCGCAACGCUCUUCCCCAGUCGCAUCGACCUUCUGCCCUUUUGGUUCCCACAAAUGGAUGUCGAUAUUCGGAAGCCUGUCAGCCACAAGUUUGGCAUUCAGCGACCUGGACACAGCACAGACGCGAGCACGAGUACUGCCAUGGACGACGAUACCGAAGACGAACUCGAUCAUGAUGACGAAGAAGAUGAUGACAGAACGAUUGGUAAUGGUAAUCAGGACGAUGAGAAUGUGCGAAGGCUUCGCGCAGCUCGAGAUGCAUUGGAACAACACGAAGAAGAUCGCAACAUGCACCACGCGAACGGAAACGUGAUGGACGAGGAAGAGCGCAUGUCACAUAAGCCACUCAUCUCCGCCGAGGACGACUAUCCACUCUACGACUCUGAUGAUGAAGAAGAGGCUGUUGAUCAGGCCAAGAAGAGAGGCGCUUGGGCGUAUAGGUGGCAACUGGUCAAGCGUUACGCUGACAUUGCUGGUGACAAGCUGCUUUUUGCCCUGUCUCACGCCACACCAUUCCCCAAACCGACCGAGAUUCCGAGCCGCGAAAGCACCCUGGGUAUACCGCGUGGUGCUGGUGUAUACGAGAAGCGCUUCAAGGCACCAAAGGGCAAGAAGAUCCACGUCCCCGUGCGAGUUGAGCCGAAGGUCAGUUUCGCAGCGGAAAGGACAUUCUUGGCUUGGCUCGAAUUCUCCAUCAUCCUCGGGUCCAUCGCAGCAACGCUCCUCAACUUCGGCGAUAACGUCUCCAUGGGCGCCGCCAUUGCUUUCACCAUCGUUUCCAUCAUGGCGCUCUUCUACAGCAUGGCCAUCUUCCUUUGGCGAGUGGAUAGGAUCCACCAACGGAAGGCUGUGAGCUAUCAUGACAAGUGGGGGCCUACGUUCUUGUGCAUUGGUCUGGUCGCUUGUGUUGCUGUUGCUGUUGGAUUCCGGUUCGCUAAGGGCGGUGAGGGGGAUCUGAGGGGGAGGCAUCCUGGUGGUAAGCACCCUUGA